AUGGAGCAAAUUAAUGAACCAUCAUAUAUUUUACGUGACCCAAAGCCAGGGGACAUGGGAAUGGUAGUUUACCAAAAUGCUGUAUUAUAUUCAAACGAAUAUGGUUGGAAUUCAAAUUUCGAAGCAUUAGUUGCUAAAGUAGUAUCUGACUAUUUGACCAAUUUUGAUGCAAGAUAUGAAAAAUGUUGGAUUGCUGAAAAAGAUGGUAAAGUAGUUGGUUCAAUAUUUGUAGUUAAACACGAUGAAAAUACAGCAAAGCUUAGAUUGUUAUAUGUUGACUCUUCAGCACGUGGUUUAGGAAUAGCAAGUAAAUUGGUAGAUGAAUGUAUAAAAUUUGCACAAAAAGUAGGUUAUAAGAAAAUGAUACUUUGGACCAAUAGUAUUUUAGUAGAUGCUGCUAGAAUUUAUAAGAAAUUUGGUUUUCAAUUAGAAUCUGAAGAAAAACACUCAACAUUUGGACCAGAACUGGUAGGUCAAACUCUUUCAAGAAAUCUAUAA